AUGAAGUUCUCAAUCAUGUCCAGGGUGAUGAGUUCUUUGGAUUACAGUAGUUUAUGCCCUCAAUCUCAUGGAAUUGUGUUUAAUUCAAGACUCCAAGCUACGGCAGACAAAUCAGCAAAUUUCAGCAGACAGAGCUCUCUUAAAUCAGCCUCAACCGCAUCUAUCAGCUCUGCCCCCAAUCCAACGUUGUCCUCAGAGGAUAUCGAUGAGAUUUUGCUUCGGAAGAUGGCUGCAAAACAAGAUGAACUUAAAAAAGCAUUUCAGACGGUUGACAUUGACCAGACCCUAAAAGUCACCAAGGGUGAAUUUAGAAGAGUGCUUGAAACAUUCAUCUUCCCCCUAACGCAAGAACAAUUUGAUGGUGUCCUGGCAAAGAUUCCAGGCAGAAGCAAAGUUACUGUUCCUUAUUUUGAGUUCUUGUCAAGAUUCACUAAGCCCAUCAGGAUCCUUUGCACAAAGUGGCAUAGUGCUGGAGAUAGCCGCUCGAGGACAUUAAGUCAGCUGGAAUGCCUCUUACGGGAGAAGAUAUCCAAGAAGCUGAAACAUUUUAUCAAGACUUGUAGACUGUUUGACUACAAUCAAAAUGGGCAGAUCCAGAGGCAUGAGCUGAGACGAAUUCUUGAGGUCAAUUGUUUCAAGAUGACGGACUGUGAGUUCGAUAAACUGUGGAAUCGGUACUGUAUUUGUAGAACAAAUACACUAGAUUAUAAAGAGUUUUUGCAGUAUCUUGGCAUAAAUUUGGAUAAAAAAAAGAAAAGAAUUAUGGAAAAUCAAGACUCAGUGCAGAACCAGAAUGGUUCACCAGAGAAUGAGAAAAGCCAAUCAAAACUACACUCACCCACUACUCCAGGAUAUAAUUUGACAAAAAUCCAUCUAGACGGCAUUGCAAAAGAUUUUAGAGAGAAGCUGUGUUCAGUCUAUCAGGACCUCGUAAAAGCCUUCAGAGCAUUUGAUGUUGGUCGUAGUGGAUUUGUUUCUUUGGAAUACUUAAAAUCAGUCCUUAACACAUUUAUAUUUCCCAUACGAACUGAUGUUUUUCAAGAGCUAAUGAAUAGAUUUGGAAUAAAACUGUCCAAGAGUAUGGCUUGGGAAAGAUUUUUAGAUAAGUUUCAAGACCCCAUUACCUUUGAUUGUCACCAGGCGUCUCCUACAAGAAAACACGGUCGAAGCAGAAAGUUAGACGAAGCUUUCUCAAGUGACCGUAUUCUCCUAAAGCUGCACGGACAUAUCCAAGAUGCAUAUUCAUCACUGAAGAAAGCCUUCCUUAUACUUGACAGAAAUCAAAAUGGAAAGAUCACAAAAAAUGAACUCCGUAGGAUUUUAGAUUGUAUUAUGUUCCAGAUAAGUGAUGAUGACUUUGAAGAACUAAUCAAGAUCAUUGACCCAGAGCACACUGGGCAACUCAGCUACAACAAAUUUUUAAAUCUCUUUGAAGAUCAGGAUUCAAUAACAGAUUCGAAAUGGAUUAACGGUACAAAGAAGACUAAAAAGCCAUCUGCUGUCCUUGAAGCUUGGAAUAUUGCAGAAGAUGUUCUAACUGAGCAAAUCAAAGGAUACUGGAAUGAAUUUGACAAAGCAUUGCAAGCAUGUGACCCUCGGAAGACAGGUGUUAUUAGUAGAAAUAAUUUCCGAAAAGUUCUUCAGAUCUACAGUCCAUCAUUAACUGAUGAUCAUUUUAUUGCGCUAUAUCAGAAGUAUCAAGACGAUACCACAGAAGGCGUCCUCUAUAGAAUGCUUUUACAUAGUUUAGGAGUUGCUGAUCUGCCAAAGGAAUUAAUGGCCAUGGUAAACAGCCCAUCAUCCCAUAGAAGUCAGCAGAGAGAAGAAAAAAGGCAAAUGGAUCUUUCAGAACGGGCAACAGCAGCCGCCCGUCUCUACCUGCAGGUCCGGGCCCUGACAGCUUGCCAGCACCCAUAUAACUCACCCGGCUCCCCCAUGACUGACCAAGUGGCAGGAGGCGUGGACCCCCUGUCGGGGCUCCUCGCCCAAGUGCAACAGCUGACACAGGCUGUAAUUACACUCCAGCAACAGACUGCUUCCAAUGCUACGGCCCUGGCUGCUGCAGCCGCGCCUCCUUCCCGCUGCCCCGUGAGUGUUCCUGACAAGUUUGAAGGAAGCCUGGGGGAGUUUCCUGCCUUCCUCGCUCAAUCUGGGCGUCGCCCGCCCUCACCUGACUCCCGAGGAGAAGCCCCGUCGGCGCACCCACAACCUGUGCCUGUAUUGUGGCGGAGCUGGACAUUUUGCAAGUACCUGUCCAGCCAAAUCGCAGCGCCCCGCAAGCUCCGCUGCCCCGGUAAAAGGCCAGCCCCAGGUCUAGUUGGAGCCCCUGACCUGGGGCAUUUCUUGAGGGCCUCCAGCUCCGUCGAUCCUCCACCUACCCCGUUCCUGGUCCCGAUUCAUCUGCAGCUCCCUGACGGCCGGUGGAUCUUUGUACAUGCCAUGUUGGACUCAGGGGCCGCCUGCUGCUACAUGGACCACCUCUUCGCCAAGAAACAUGGCAUCCCCAUCCGGGAAAAGAAGACCCCUGCCCUGGUCGAGGUCGUGGACAGUCGUCUGCUGCGCUCUGGACCUGUCCGCCACGAGACUCAACCACUCGCCCUAUGGGUCCAGCAACACCAAGGGGAACAAACCUUUGACCUUUCCCGCAUGCCACGUUUCCCCGUCAUCCUAGGGCUGUCCUGGCUCCAGGCCCACAAUCCUCACGUGGACUGGGUGCAACGAGAACUGCAAUUUCCCGCUCCCUACCAGGAGUUUGCAGACGUCUUCGACGAAAAGGAAGCAGACCAGCUUCCCCCACAUCGGCCCUAUGAUUGCGCCAUUGACCUAAUGCCCGGCGCCCCGCUACCAGCAGGCCGCCUCUACCCCAUGGCAGACCCGGAGUUGGUUGCCCUAUGGGAGUAUUUGGAGAAGAACUUGGCCCGAGGGUUCAUUCGACCCUCCACCUCGCCCUUGUCCUCGCCCGUCCUGUUCGUAAAGAAGAAAACCGGGGACUUGAGGCUCUGCAAUGAUUACCGGGCACUCAACAAAAUUACCAUCCGGAACCGUUACCCACUUCCACUGAUUCCGGAGCUCCUUGACCGCGUGAAAGGGGCCACCAUCUACACCAAGCUCGACCUUCGAGGGGCCUACAACUUGGUUCGCAUCAAAGCCGGAGAAGAGUGGAAGACCGCUUUUGAGCAGGAGCACGUCCAACACGUCCGACAGGUGUUACAGCGGCUCAGAGCUCACCGCCUGUACGCAAAACUAGAGAAAUGCGCCUUCCACCUCCCGUCGGUCGAGUUCUUGGGGCACAUCAUCUCCCCCCAAGGAACUCAGAUGGAUCCAAAGAAGGUUGACGCCAUCCUCCAAUGGCAGGCCCCUCACAAUCGGAAGGACGUCCAGCGCCUCCUGGGCUUCGCCAAUUACUACCGGCAGUUCAUCGCUGGCUACGCCAAUCUAACCAAGCCCUUGACUCGGCUCCUCUGCCCCAAGGAACCCUUCCAGUGGACCCCGGAAGCUGACCAGGCUUUUCACGACCUCAAGCGCAGCUUCUCCUCCAGUCCCCUCUUGCGAUACCCUGAUCCCCGCUUGCCUUUCAUGAUGGCCCAUUUUGUCCCCUGCGCCAAAGUGCCGUCAGGGCCGGAAACCGCCCAGCUCUACCUGAACCACGUCUUCCGCCUGCACGGGUUACCCAAACAGAUUGUCUCAGAUCGGGGCCCGCAAUUCACCUCCCGCUUUUGGCAGGCUUUCCAGCAAGGCUUGGGGACAGAGCUUCACUUGUCGUCCGCCUACCAUCCCCAGACCGACGGCCAGACUGAGCGCACCAACGCUACCCUGGAGCAGUACUUGCGCUGCUAUACCAGUUACCAGCAAGAUAACUGGGCCUCCCUGUUACCCCUGGCCGAGUUCGCGUACAACAAUGCGGUCCACAGCUCCACGCAGACCACACCGUUUGCAGCCAACUACGGACUGCACCCCCGGUUCUUUCCUCCGCUCGGCCCGUCCGCCGAUGUUCCCGCAGCGGACAACCGGAUCGAGGAACUCCACUUAACCGCUCGCUUCAUCGGCCCAUUCCCCAUCGAGGCGCAAAUCAACCCGGUGGCGUUCCGCCUGCGCCUUCCCGCCCACCUCCGAAUCCACCCGGUUUUCCAUCGCUCCCUCCUCCAACCCGCAGCCGCGCCAGACCCGAACAGGGACGUCCCACCACCACCUCCACCACCAGUUUUAGUGGAUGAUGAUGAGGAGUACGAGGUACUCAUUGAUUCUAGAGUGAAACAGAUUGAAGACUGUGCUUACAAAUACACCAAGAACAGAAUUGUUGAUGAAGUAAUUGAAAGGCUAAGGGACGGUAUCCUGCAACGAGAAGCUUACCUUAGAGACUGUUUUCUUUGUUAUAACAAGCAAGCUGGUGGGAAAUUGAGUAAAACUGAUUUCCGCAAGUUACUGGAAGAUAUUGGUAUGCCAAUGGAAGAUGAUCAGUUUAAAUUACUCAUAGAGAAAAUAGGAUUCCCAAAUGGAGGACUGAGUUAUCUUGAUUUUGUGGCAAUAUUUGAAGAUUCCAGACUGACUGGACUGGGACACGGUACACUCCAAGAAAACACCAGCAAGUGUCACUUUGUGUCAGCUGAAGAAUGCCUUAGCCGGUUUAGUGAUAAACUGGUGGAAGAAUAUGGGGACCCAUACAUUGCCUUCCGUAAAAUAGACAGGAACCAUGAUGGUAUAGUCACCAUGCUGGAUUUUCGAAGCCUCCUGGAUACCCUUUGUAUCAGCAUGACAGAUGAAGAAUACACACGUCUGCUUGGUAUCUCGGGUAUGAACGUGACGUCUACAUUAAACUACCCAGAAUUCUUUCAGUUGUUCCAGGAACAUGCAACUAAAGAUAUACGCCCUUGGUUGACCCCAUCUUACAAACCCAAACAGACAGCUGCAGAUGCGGAUCUAGCUUGUGAACAAGCUCAUCACUACCUUUGUAUCAAAGCACAAAACAGAUGGAAUGACCUCGCCAUGUAUUUCCACGAAUACGAUAGCGAUGGAAAUAACAUUGUUCUGAAAAAGGAUCUGAAAGAUGUCCUGUACAGAUGUGGCAUGCCCAUAAAUCCAAAAGAAUUUGAAAAAAUCUGGGCAAGGUAUGAUGUGAAUGGAAAAGGCUACCUUACUCACCAAGAGUUUCUACAGAAAUUGGGGGUGCAGCAUACACCUCCUAGCACUGGACUCAACAGACAGUAUACGGAAGACAACUGUGUGCCAUUUAUGAAUCAUUACAAAAUCAUAGAAAAGAAAGAAACUGACAUCAACGAGAUUGAAAAUAAAAUCCGGGAAAAAUACCAGGAUAACUCCCAGGAUUUCCACAAGGCCCUUUUGCAGCAGGACAGCAAUAGGGAAGGCUACAUAACAGUGGACAAACUGCACAAGAUGCUAGAAAACUUCAAGUGCUGCCUUGACUAUCAACAGUACAGCGAACUUCUAUACAGAUUGGGCAUUAGCAUUCAGGACAACAAACUCUCAUAUUUUGAUUUUCUAAGAUCAAUUGGUGAUCGUGGAGCAUUCAGGAGGAAAAAACGUAUCCUGCCACCCGUACCACCUAUCAGCUUCAUGCAACUGAGCACAGAUGAGGCCAUGAUGAGGAUAAAACAGAUAGUUACAGCUUCAUCUGAUUUGUUAUACAAGGCCUUUUCUGCUUUUGACAAGGACAAUACGGGGGCAAUAUCAGCCCAGGAUUUUCGGCAGGUGCUUCACCACUUCUGUUUUACGCUAUCAGAAAAGCAAUUCAACCUUCUCCUCAGACUUCAGCGGCUGCGUGGGGAGCACUCCAUAGACUGGAAAUAUUUCCUGCAGAAAUUCAACUUUCUCUCAGAGACUGAGAGAGAGCAUAUGAAAUUUGCUUGUUGGGAGCUGACGAAUCAACAAGUAUUGGACCGUAUAAAAGAAGUAGUGAAUGCUCGUUUUCAGGCCGUUGAGCAAGAGUUCAAAAAUGCAGAUUGCACAAGAGCAAAUGUUGUGUCAAAAGAAGACUUCAGAGAUAUCUGCCAUCGGCGGUUUAUGCUUCUGACCGAUCAGCAGUUUGAGAGUCUCUGGAACAUGGUCCCUCUUGCACUUAAUGGGAAAUUGAAAUAUCCUGCAUUUUUGAAGAAAUUCAGCAUUGAAGCAUCAGAAAUGCCUGAUACACUCAGUGCAAACAAUUUUGAAAGCUCUGAAAUACCUGCAACGCUAGCUGAACCUGCAUCACAGUUGCCUUCACGCCCCAAAACAGCAUCCCCUUUACCAUCUCCAAACAAGAAACCGGAUGCCAACAGGCCAUAUACUGCGGCAGUUCAGACGCCACCUAUUCUGAAUUGCAAACCAAUUGAAAGUAAAAUCCAAAGAAAUGUUCAACAUUGCUGGAAAGAUAUGUUGAAGGAUUGCCGAGAGAAGGAUGUUGACCGCCUGGGAGAAAUCCCGACAGAAGAUUUCUUAACUAUAGCAGAGAAAUUUCAUUUGAAUUUAACCAAAGAAGAAAGUAAGCAACUCAUAACAAAAUAUGAUUUUAAGAGUGUUGGCAAAUUUGCAUACUGUGACUUUUUACAAAGCUGUGUGCUGUUGCUUAAACAACAAGACACAUCUCCUCUACAAAGGACUGUAAUCCAAAGUCCACAAAUACAGGAAUCCUCUGGACCACAAACACCAACAUUCUUGAAUGCAAUGAUGAGGAUUCAGCCCCAGAUCCUCCAAUGCUGGAGGCCAAUGAGACGAACUUUUAAGAUGUAUGACAUAAGUGGGAAUGGACUCCUCAGCACUCAGGAUUUCAGACAGGUACUCCGAAAGUACAGUGUCAAUCUGUCCGAAGAGGAGUUUUUCCACAUCUUGGAAUAUUACGACAAAGCAUUAACUUCCCAAAUCUCCUACAAUGAAUUCCUCAGAGCAUUUCUGCAGUAGGAGGAGGAGAGCUAUCUCCCAGUCUUGAAAGAUUUGUA